AUGGGGUCUGUCAACACACCGGCUACUCCUACGACACUUGUAACCUCAACACAAUAUCACAUAUCUCCCCAUACGCUGGAUAUACCAACGCCGCGUAUGGGGUCUGUCAACACGCCGGCUACUCCUACGACACGUGUGACCUCAACACAAUCACAUAUCUCCCCAUACGCCGGAUAUAACAACGCCGCGUAUAGGGUCUGUCAACACGCCGGCUACUCCUACGACACGUGUGACCUCAACACAAUAUCACAAAAUCCCUCCAUAUGCCGGUACUACUACCAUCGUCGCAUGUGGGGUCUGUUCGCAUACCGGAUAAUCCUACGACACGUGGGACCUCACAAUCAUAGGGUGGUACUUACGUGUCAUCAAUAUCCGGGGAGAUGGGUCUCAAUCUUAGCUGAACAACUGAACCAGAGCCCUCAAGAGGGAGUAAGAAACCGCUUUCUUGGUCACCCUAGAACUCUUUAUGAACAAGAGUCCCAAGGAGAAAGAACUGAACAAGUGUUCCAGCAAAAUGAAAAUAGUGAGGCAGAAAAUACUGAUCAAAGCAACGAGACCAACAACAUUAAUGACAAUUAUUUCUCCGCAUUUGGAAGCACAGAUGUUGGGAUUCAAGACGCUUACAACAAAGAAGGCGGAAGUGGUGAUCAAGCAAGGACGGGUGGAAACCACAACAUUUCUCGCAAUAGAUUUUAUGCAGAAAAUAGCCGUCGGGUUGGGAUUAUCAAUGUUGCCAACAAGAACUACAACAAGUCGAGCCCACUUGUUGGCAUGUUACCUUACUACCAGCAUUGCUUGAAUAGAAACCCCAAUGAAGGAAAGUGGAUAAGCCACAAAUUGUAG